CAAAGUUGCUUGUCCUCGCGAGAUUUUCUACGCUUCUAAUGGCGGCGCUCCUAGGAGCUGGUGAUGCUCCAUUGCGAAAAACUUCGCUUGCUACAAACGAAGAAGCGGACAGUGAAAAGACCGACGUGUUUCCUGGUUUUAAGGAUGCCGACUCAUUUGUCAAGCAUGGACUUGCUAACGUGCUUAAAGCCACAAAAGCCUCUGCUCAGUUGCCACAGGCAGGCGAUGAGUAUGAUUUCUACCGCAGCUUUCCUGGAUUUCAGGCUUUCUGUGAGACACAGGGAGAGAGGCUGUUAAAAUGUAUGAGCCAAAUAAUGAAGUAUCAUGGCUGUAAGAAUCACAUGAGAGAAAGGAAUAAAGUGACUGGUUUGGAAGAACGCUUUGACUUGUUGGUUGACUCUAAUGAUGUCAUUUUGGAGAAAGUGGGGAUUCUACUAGAUGAAGCCUCUGGUGUGCACAGGACACAGCAGCCAGUUCUUCCAGCAGGUGUCCAGGCACCAAAAAUGAUUGUUUCCAGUUGGAACCGCAAGGGAAGAGAACUGAAUCAAAGAAGUAAAUCGGGAACCUUCCAUCUGUUACAUGCAAAAAACAUCCAGCGGCCCCAAAUUCGUUUCAGAGAGAAAGUGGACAACUCCAACACACCUUUUGCUCCCAAGAUUUUUGUGAAACCAAAUGCACUAAAGCCUCUUCCAUCUGUUCUUGUUAACAGAAGGAUACGUGAAGAAAGGCCAGAGGAUCUGGAUGUUCCUGCAGCACUGGCUGACUUUAUUCACCAGCAGAGACAUCAAAAUGAUGAACAGGAAUUGACAGCUCACCCCUAUCAAUAUGAGUUGGAUCACUUUACACCACAUCAGAAAUUGUUUUGUAAGCCAGAUAUUCAGAUGUACAUACCUCUGUUGGAGACCUCAUGCCAUCUGAUCAAUACUCUGGAUGAUUUGGUGGAACUGAAUGAGAAGCUUGCAAAGUCUUCAGAAUUUGCAGUGGAUUUAGAGCACCACUCAUACAGGACUUUUCUUGGAUUGACCUGUCUAAUGCAGAUUUCCACAAGGGAGGAAGAUUUUAUCAUUGAUACUUUGGAGCUACGUAGCAAUAUGUACAUUUUGAAUGAAAGCUUCACAGAUCCAGACAUUGUUAAGGUGUUCCAUGGUGCGGAUUCAGAUAUUGAAUGGUUGCAGAGGGACCUUGGCCUUUACAUAGUCAAUCUAUUUGAUACACAUCAAGCGGCACGAAUCCUCAAUCUUGGCAGAAACUCAUUGGAACACUUGUUGAAGCUUUACUGUAAUGUGGAAUGUGAUAAACGCUACCAACUGGCUGACUGGAGGAUACGGCCUUUACCUGAAGAAAUGAUUCAGUAUGCACGAGAAGACACCCACUAUUUACUUUAUAUUUAUGAUCGUAUGCGAGCAGACCUACUUGAGAGAGGAAAUGACAUGCCAACUCUCGUACACCUGGUGUGGCAGAAGAGCAAAGACAUUAGUCUUAAAAAAUAUGUCAAACCAAUAUUUACUGAACAUUCAUACUUGGAGUUGUACAAGAAACAGAAGAAGCUCCUGAACACUCAGCAGUUGACGGCGCUACGAUUGCUUUAUCGUUGGAGGGAUCAGAUUGCCCGUCAGGAGGAUGAAAGUACAGGGUAUGUGCUGCCCAAUCAUAUGCUGAUGAAAAUUUCUGAAGAACUGCCAAAAGAGUCUCAAGGCAUCCUAGCAUGCUGUAAUCCUGUUCCUCCUCUGGUCAAACAACAACUGAAUGAAUUACAUCUUUUGGUCCAACAGUCGCGUGAUAUCCCACUUCUUAAGAGUGAAGUGAUUGCAGACAAGAGAAGGGGAUUGGCACCUAAAAGGAAGUCAGACAGUCAACUGUUUGGACCUCAUGACGUUUCCCGUGGGUCUGAGAAUGAGACUCCUUUCUCACCCACCUCAGCAGGUGCUUUUCUUAAGAGGAGCAAACUUUUUUCUGAUGAGGUGGAUAUAGAAAACCAAGAGGAGAAAAUCUAUGACUGUCCUCUUCUUGCUUCUGCAAGCAUCACAAUUUUUGAUGAUUGUGAUAGUGAUGUAAAACAACAGUGUAACCUAACAGUGUCUCAACAGAAGGCUUGUCACAUAAUGGAGUCAUUUGAAAAUCCUUUCCGAAUGUAUCUUCCAGCCAAGGACAAUAACAUUCACGUCUCCCAAAAUGCAAAGUUUGAUCCCUCCUCCAAAGCAUAUGAGAUCAGGAAUAAAUGGAAGCUGCUUAGUAUGGAGCAGCAGCAGAAGGAUCUAAAGUCUAAAGAGAAUGCAAAGAAGGCAGCUAGAGAGGCUUCUCAGAAGGCCAAAGAGAAGAGGAAGGCUGCUCAAGAAUCUUACAAGGCAUCUGUAGAAGAUAUUAAAAGUGUCCGUCAGCAGGCAGCGACUGAAGCCUUAGGGCACAUGGAGCAUAAACAAGAAAGACAGUUAAGUGACCCUGAAGUGGAGACACCCAAGCCUGAUAAGAAGCGAAUGAAACAAAACAAGGCAAAAUUAGAGCAGCAACCUCAAGCAGACUUCAAGCCCUUUGAUUACAGUCAGUCAGACUUGAGCAUCUUUUCAGCUGGUAAAUCAGCAAAAUCAAAGGGUGCUGCUCACUUUGAUCCAAACAGACAAGAUGAGGAACCUAAGAAGGGCAAGAAAAAGAAGAUCAAAAAUAAUUUGAUUCAAGGAAACAAAAGCAUGACAUAUUUAGCAGGUGCUUCAGGCAGGGUAUUUCAACAAAACUGGCCCAAGAGAUAAAAGCAGACUUCAGGAAAGAAG